AAUACUUUCUCGAUGCCACAACUUCAGUUCCAACAUGGCGACUUCCACCACGGAGGUGCCGACGAGCGGCCUCCAACAAAUCCCCACAAUUUUCUCCAAAAGCAGCGUGGUGGUCAAAGCUGUCUGCAUCCUGGUAAUAUUCCUGUAUCUCGUCUCCUUUCUGGUCAACAAGACGGCGUAUCUCGAGGCGCUGGCCGUCACUCCUGGGCUAAUCUUUCCGCCGAGUUUUCAUAUAUGGACUCUCUUCACUCACCCGUUUGUUGAGGUCCACCUGUGGUUUGUUGUCAUUGACAUUGCGUUCGUCUUGGCGGCCGGGAAACUGAUCGAACCGCUAUUCGGGGCCCUUGAAAUGCUGAUAUUCUUCUGUGUCGUGAGCACAGGAGCGGCCCUGCUGUCCUCAGUGAUCUAUCUUUUCAUGUACUUGACUGUAUUUAACACUAGCCUCUUGUUCGGUUCACGCUUGCACGGACUUGCAGGCUUUGUUUCUGGAGUGGCGGUGGUGUUGAAGCAGACGAUGGGAGACCAGGAGCUUGUCGGGAAAGGACCGUUAAAAUUGAAGAUCAAAGAUCUGCCGCUGUUGAUUCUGUCUCUGUCAGGCGUGUUAAGGAUUCUUGGACUGAUUCCUGGGACUUCGCUCUGCAUGUGUGCUUCAGGAUUGUUUGUCAGUUGGAUCUAUCUGAGGUUCUUCCAGCGGCAGAGCAGCGGUCGAGGAGACAUGUCCGACACCUUCCGAUUUGCAACCUUCUUCCCAGAGGUCAUGCAACCACCGGUUGCGAUUGUGACGAACACAGUGUACAGCUUCCUGGUUCGGAUCAGACUUUGUAAGAAGCAGAUUAGGAAGUAUGAUGUGGGAGCGCCGUCUCCAAUCAACAUCAACCUGCCAGGCAGCGACCCAGCUGAUGCGGAGAGAAGAAGACAAAUCGCCUUGAAAGCCCUGAACGAACGACUGAGCGCAGUGGAGGAGCAAACUGCCUGGCCAAGCAUGGACGAACAAGCCUCAACACCAGACGAGGGCGCCGCACACAUGUUGCCUGGCAACGGUGCAAAGGAUGCUGGAACAGAUGGGGUAAGCAGCAAUGGAGACAGCACCACUGUAAAUAUGAAUGGCGGAGGGGAGACAAUGGAAUCGUAAAAAAAGAGAGGAGUAACCAUGCCCAGUAUAGCAUAGUAUGGCGGUGGUUAUAUGGAGAGCCAUUUGUAUGUUUACGCAAUAGGACUGUUUUUCUUCUCUGUGAAGCCCCUUAGUAAAGAAUUUUGCUAAGCACGGGAAAUAUCUGCUUAGCAGAAACAGGUUACCAGCCAAAACUAUGUGUCAUGUAUAAUUGUUUGUAACUCGUUAUCAGGUGGUUUUUGCUUUUGACGUUUGCAACAGCUGUAUCAUGUGCUUAUUCAGCUCUUUGAAAUGUUGGCCUGGUCUUCAAUAAAGACCACCUGGUCUCAAGUAAAGACCAACCCUCAGAACUUUUGUCAGUAAUGCAAAGGAUUGUUGGCAAACAAUGUCACAUCGAAGACCUUCAUUGUAUGAUUGGUUCAAAUCUUUCAUGUAAUUAACUAGUGUGAUGGCUGAAAGUCAUUCAUGGGGUUGGGCUUAACAGACCGUGUUAAACGAGAUGUAUAAAAAAAAAGUGGAUGACCUCAAUAUGUUAUCUGCAGUUCCAAAAAAAGAACAUCCUUAUGAUUCUGGUUGCUUAUGUGGAUUUUGGAUGUAAUUUUUAAAGAGCUUGUUUGAAGUUAAUGCUUCAUUAUUUUAUGAAAGAAAGAUUACAUUUUGAAAUACAUAGUUAUG